AUGGGGGCGCCAGGAAGGCCAUUUUUUGAUUUCUCACUGCCUGGCCUAGCGGUGGCAUUUGGAGAGCCACUGGCACUUCUCCCGCCAUCUGGGCUAUUGGUGACGAGAGAGACGUUGGUUGUAUUCCUAUCGUCUAGUUUGGCGGUGGUGUUGUCUGGAAAAACACCACUUGUGUGCCUAUCAUCUGGUUCAGCGGUGGCGGUGUUUGGAAAACCACCGGCUGAGCACCUGUCACCUGAUUUGUCGAUGAUUGUUGAAAGAGAGUCGGUAUGGCACUGUGGUUUCCCACGCUGGUGUCAGAAUGCUUGUUGUUCACACGGCAGCAGAAGGAGGUUGUCCUCCACCAGUCGGUUGCUUUUGUCCAGUCGGUGGUACGACAACUACUGCUGA